AUCCUGUGACCCGGGAACGCAGCUGUAUGACUCUUGGCCUAGAAAUUGUCUCUUUAAUUCUGUUAUUUCUUGUGACACAGUCCCAGAUAACACACCAACACAUACCCAGCCUAGGUGUUUACAUUAAGCAAUACUGUCCUCUCAGCUGACAGAGGUGUCGAUCUAUUGGCUCAUUCAAUCUGCUAGAAAGUUGAGUUACACAUUGAUCUUGGGAUUAAAAUCUACUAACUAGUGAUACUUUCUGUCCUUCGCCUGUUUCAUUGUUUUAAAAAGACACGGAAGCAGUACAGAUACAAGAUAACAGAACAACAUAGGAUGGAUAAAAACAGAACUGUCGUCACAAGGCAGCCCACAAAUGAAAUCGCACUCAUGCCAUUCCCUGGUCAGUUUCAAGGUUGUCCACCAGGCUUGGAGUACAUGGCGGCCAUUGAUCAACUUAUUUGUAAACAAGAGGUCAGUUUAUUUGAAGUUUUGACGGGUAUAGAAGCUGUUAACAAGUACCGUGUCUUCAAUACAUUGAACCAACAGGCGUACUGGGCACUGGAAGAGUCUGACUGUUGCAACAGAAUCUACUGUGGGCCAAACAGAGGAUUUGUUUUUCAUAUUACAGACAACUCACAACAGGAUGUCAUGACUAUUGUGAGACCAUUUCUCUGCUGUAAAGGUUGCUGUUGCUGCGCUGAUGGUUGUUGUAAGUACCCAAUCUACGUGAAUGAUAGGGCUGGACAAUUACUGGGAAUAGUUCGCAUGAUGAACUCGUGCUGGACACCACACUUUGGCAUCUUUGACCACAAUGAAGUAUUGCUGUACGAGAUCUGGGGACCCUGUUGUCCUUGUCAAUGUGCAUGUGGCUGCACUGACGACAUAGAGUUCCCGAUAAAGAGUGUUAAGGACAACACUCAAGUUGGUACCGUGAGUAAAGUAUGGGCAGGAAGUUUCAGAGAAAUGCUCACUGAUGCUGACACAUAUAGUGUCAGAUUUCCUGUAAAUCUUGAUGUCAGACACAAAGCGUUGAUGUUUGCCUGCAUAUUCCUCAUUGACUUUGCUGUCUUCGAAACACAGAAAAACAAUAACAAAUAAAAAAGAUCUAAAUCAGCUCCAUAAAUACAAAAGACAGCUACUAUCAAUAUAUAUUUGAUGAGUGUAAACCUAUUAACAAAUUACUCUGUAAUGUCUCUGAGUCUGCUAGACAAUUGUGAUGUAAAAGACAAUACAGUAAGUCUAGGAGGUAUUCAGUAUAUCUUAAAUAUUUUUGCUAGUAGUAAGGUAUUUGGGUUGUUUUACUUACCUUCUGCUUAUAGUAAAACAUACAGUUUUAAAGCUAAUAAAGAAGAUAUACAUUUGGUAAUAUUGUUUUUAUUCAUAGUCAUAGUGUAGCACUAUCAUGCCUAAUCUAUACUUUCAAUAUACGUUUAUUUUCAAAUUACACUAAGGCAAUCAGUUUGAGCUACAAUCAUAAUGCCAUUUUCAAUUAUUGUGUGAACUCCUAUGAAUAUAUUUACAAACUAUCAACUAAAUUGUAUACAAUUAAGUUUGGAUAACAAGAAAAACAUAGAAAAAUACUUUUAAAAAAAUAAAAGCUUAUAUUACGCGUAGUUGUAUCAAUUAGUUUGGAUCAGUCAUAUAAUUAAGUUUUGUAAUAGAUCUAGACUAACAAUAAUAAAUCCAACUGUUUAUUUUAGCGCAAUUUCAUGCUUUUAAUUUUCUUAAUACUCUAUGAUCCUAUCACUUUUUAUUGGAUUUGUUUGAAAUGAGUGAAGUACGUCUGAUAAAAUGGGUUAUCUGGAUAUCACUUUUUAAAUACAUUUGAAUUUGAUAAAAAAAGGGUGAAUGACCUGAAUUCAUACUGAAGGGAGGCUUUGUUAAAUGUAAAACUAUAAAACAAUUGGCUACAUGCUAGAUAUUGAAAUAGCCCUUUAUUAUGUCAUGUCAUGUAAGAUUGAUUCAUUGAUUGUUUGUCUUUAGAGGUGAUUGUCACCUUUUCAUCCAGUCUACAAAAGGCUGUUUAUUAAAUGAAGUUAUCAAUAGUUUGUGUAUGUUUUAUACCUAAAUUUACUCACCUUUUUUUUUAUAUUUCAAUUCUUGACAAUAUUGAAAGAUAUACUACUAUACUUUUAUUUGUAAACUUUAUUGUAAUAUUUUUGUCCUUGUUAUCCAAUAUAUAUAUAUAUAUAUAUAUAUACUACUUUUGAAAUAAUUAUAUAUUUUAUGUAAUAUAUACAUAUAUUUAAACUACUGUUAAAAUAAUUAGACAUUUUAUACUGGUAUGUAAUUUUAUAUAGAAUAGUUAUAAAUAAGUGCUGGAAAUGUAUGCAAUUAGUAUAAUCUGUUGUAGAAAACUAUAAUUUCAAUAUUUAUUUUGGUAAUAAACAUUUUUUGUCUUUCAUAA